GUACUGCAGCGUUUGGCCCCUAGUUCUGCUUGUGGGGCGCUUCCCGAAAUCCGCCAGGAUGGGCUCCCGAAACCCGAAGGACCCCCAGGAACAAAACUUGGCACGAACCUGUGCAAAACCUCUUGCAAAGAUGAGCCCGCCCCAACUUUUGAGAUUGGAUCCCCCUUUUACCCAGGACGACGACCUACGCCCCAACUUUGGCGGCCCCUAACUUCCUCACCAGACCACCGCUGACAAAACUAAAAGUACGUGCGUAAUGCUCUCUUACAGCUCUGCAACUUUGAGCAUGGGGUAAGAUCCUGAGCUUUCCAACCCCCCUGAUGCACUUGCCACUUCGCUGAUUCGUGUGUUGCUGUGUUCCUACUAUAAACCUGACUCCAAUGUGGCAAUGAGCGACUCCAGCAAACGUGGACCCCCUGUGGGACGUGACGUCAACUCCGCAACCAACAUCCGGCACGCGCUGGUGGAGGUGCUGCUGGGGCACAAGCGACCUGCAUCGCUGCAGACUGGCGGCGGCGGCGGCGGCGGCGGCGGCGGCAGCAGCGCGCGCGCGUGCGCGCAUCUUAGUAGCGGAGGGGGCGGGAAAGGCCACGUGGAGGAGGAGAGCGCAGCGCCGCCCAAGAAGCGGCGCAAGUGCGCAGGCUGAGGAGCCGGCUGGUGUCUAGGUAGCGGUCCGCGGUGGGGCGGGCAGGGCAUGCGUAGCGGCAUGACAAGUAGUGCGGCUGUUGACAAGUGUGCUGUGUCUGGCUGCGGUUGGCUCUGCUGUGGCAUCGCGAUUGCUAGGCACCUGGUUUGGCUACGUGCCUGUGCAAACCGACCCCGGCUAUGUCCGGGCGAUGAGGUUGUUCGGCCUCAGACUGUGGAGGGGCUCAGCCCCUUCUCCCGUGACCGGGGAACACUUGUUGGACAUUCAUGACUGCGGGCGACCAGCGGGGGCGACCCCAGCCUUCUACCUGCAUCUCGUCCAUUUUAACGGCAUACC